CCCCGGCCUAGGCGGGGAGCCGGCGCGCGGUCAGCUGAGCGGCGCUGGGCGGGGUCGGCAGGCCGCGAGUCAGCUAGAGGCUCCCCGAACCCAGCUGCCCCCGCCGCCGCCCCCUGCCGGUCCCCUGGUCGGUGUCCGCAUCCGGGUCCGGAGCCCACCCCAGCGGCACGAUGCCGGGGCAGCAGUGACCCCGAGGGAGGCCGAUCGCUGGCGGCAGGAACUUCUGCCAUGUCCCACCAACCUCUCAGCUGCCUGACUGAAAAAGGGGACAGCCCCAACGAAACCACAGGAAAUGGACCCCCCAGUCUGGCUCACCCAAACCUGGACACGUUCACCCCAGAGGAGCUGCUGCGGCAGAUGAAAGAGCUCCUGACCGAGAACCAUCAGCUGAAAGAAGCCAUGAAGCUAAAUAAUCAAGCUAUGAAAGGGCGAUUUGAGGAGCUAUCAGCCUGGACAGAGAAACAGAAGGAAGAACGCCAGUUUUUUGAGACACAGAGCAAAGAAGCCAAAGAACGUCUUGUGGCCUUGAGUCAUGAAAAUGAGAAAUUAAAAGAAGAGCUUGGAAAACUAAAAGGGAAAUCAGAAAAGUCAUUUGAGGACCCCACUGGUGACUCCAGGCUUCCCAAGGCCGAAGGAGAGCCAGAGAUGGAGCAGCUGAAGAUGCAGGUGGCACGCCUUCAGGCCGAGAAGGCAGACCUGCUGGGCAUUGUGUCUGAACUGCAGCUCAAGCUGAACGCCAGCGGCCCUGGAGAAGACUCCUUUGUUGAAAUUAGGAUGGCUGAAGGAGAAACAGAAGGGUCAGUAAAAGAAACCAAGAAUAGCCUUGGGUCCACGAGAACGCACACCAUUGACACGAACAGAUCUAUAGAAGGUGCCAAGAAUUAUUUGGAAUCUGAGGAGUUAACUGUGAGCCAGCUCCUGCUUUGCCUAAGGGAAGGAAACCAGAAGGUGGAGAGACUUCAACUUGCACUCAAGGAAGCCCAAGAAAGAGUUUCAGACUUUGAAAAGAAAGCAAAUGAUCAUUCUCAGAUUGGAACCCAGACAGAGGGGAGUAUAGAAGAAGAGAAUGAAGAGAAGAAAAGCCCAGAAACUGUUGGAAGUGAAGUGGAAAUAUUGAACCUUCAGGUGACAUCCCUGUUUAAGGAGCUUCAAGAAGCUCAUACAAAACUCAGUGAAGCUGAGCUAAUGAAGAAGAGACUUCAAGAAAAGUGUCAGGUCCUUGAAAGGAAAAAUUCUGCAACCCCAUCAGAGCUGAAUGAAAAGCAAGAGCUUGUUUAUACUAAUAAAAAGCUGGAGCUACAAGUGGAAAGCAUGCGAUCAGAAAUCAAAAUGGAGCAAACUAAAACAGAAGAUGAAAAGUCCAAAUUGGCCAUUCUACAGGUGACACACAGCAAGCUUCUUCAAGAAUAUAAUAAGGCAUUGAAAACAAUUGAGGAACUAACAAGGAAAGAGUCAGAGAAAGUAGAUAAGGCAGUGCUGCUGGAACUGCAUGAAAAACUAGAACUGGCAGAGAAGGCCCUGGCUUCGAAGCAGCUUCAGAUGGACGAGAUGAAGCAGACCAUCGCCAGGCAGGAGGAAGACCUGGAAACCAUGAGCGUCCUCCGGGCUCAGAUGGAGGUUUACUGUUCUGAUUUUCAUGCUGAAAGAGCAGCAAGAGAGAAGAUUCAUGAAGAAAAAGAGCAACUGGCAUUGCAGCUGGCAAUUUUGCUGAAAGAGAAUGAUGUUUUUGAAGAUGGCAGCAGUAGGCAGUCCUUGAUGGAAAUGCAGAGCCGUCAUGGGGCGAGAACAAGUGAUCCCGACCAACAGGCUUACCUUGUUCAGAGAGGAGCUGAGGACAGGAACUGGCCACAACAGCAACAACAGAAUAUUCAAAUUCAUUCUUGCCCCAAAUGUGGAGAAGUCCUGCCUGACAUAGACACGUUACAGAUUCACGUGAUGGACUGCAUCAUUUAAGUGUUGACGUUUCAUCUCCCCAAAAUUGUUGGUAAAUGUCAGAUUUUUUCCUCCAAGAGUUGUACUUUUGUGUUAUUUGUUUUCACUCAGAUAUUUUGCCUCAUUAUGCUUGUUUUAGGAGAAAGAAAAUGUAUCUGCUCUAAGUAGAACACUUUUUGUGGAAUCCCAUAAACGCGCAGGAUAGAAUCCUUAACUACCACUCUUCUGAUAAUAACCUCAGUAUUUUUUAUGUUUGGUUUAUGCGAGCAAUUGCCCAGCUCAUGCAUUUAACCAGCUUGUGACAUCAUGUGACACAGUUCAUGUAAUUAGAUGGAAGAAAUUUCAUGGAUAAAUUUUAAGAACCUUUUAAGGAGGCAGGAAAAAUUAAGUGGUACAGAUUUAAUCAAGAAAAAUGUCUUUGAAGUACUUUUUAAAAUAAAUUAUAUUAUUACUUCAUCCAUUUAGAAUGGAUCUAUUUGGGGUUAUAUGUUUGUAUGUAUGUUGUAGUUUUAUUGUAGCCACAGUAAUUAUACCAAAGCUAUGAUAUCACUCUUUUCAUAUGAGAAUGUGAUUUUUCAAUUAUUUCAGGACAGGUGAGAAAAUAUUGGCAUAUAUGAAGUAGAUAACAUUAGGGUCACUGGAUUUCUCAUAACCAUUCACAAUGUAAAGAUAUUAUCUUCAUUCUUUCAUUGUACUAUAGGUGUAUGGGCUUGUACAGUAGAUAGUUUAUUAAUUUCUAAAAAGAACAACUGUUUAUUCAUUUCCUUCCUGGAUCAGGUUUUAUCUUCAUAAUCACAAAAAUAGUUAUUGCAAAAUAAAAUUUUGCUUAUGAAUCUUUAA